UCAGAUGAAAAAGAAAACUGUACUGAAGUUUGCAAAUUUGGAAAUAAACAGUUCAUUCUUUUAAGAUAAUUUAAUUUAAUUUUGCAUUCUACGGAACGAAAAUGUAUAGCCCCCAACCUCACAAAUUUAUUUAUUUAUUUUCUGAAUUUGAAGCGCUUAUAGCAAGGGAAUUUGCAAGUACUAUUUUUUUAUGGUCUGUGAGUCUGGAUCCCGAAGUUAAAUAAUGAAUCAGUAACCACCAUCUUCAGCUGACACAUCAAAACCAAAAGUAACUAACGCUAGCCUAAAAGUUUGAGAAAAUAGAUGUAGUCAUUUACAUUUAAUUUUACAUGCCUCCGAAGGUACCGCACUUAAAAAUUCCGGAGAAAAGUUCACCCGUCAGCCAGACGCUUUCAUCCACGGGCAUCCUCGGGUCCAUGAUACAGAGUUCGAAGCAUUUGGGCCAAAUAUGAAUGAAAUGUUUGUAAGGUCGCUCCAAUCAAUUCUGUGGCUCCCAUUGUAAUUGUGAUCAUUGAAUGAACGUAUAUAUAUAGAUCAAUCCUAGGGCUCCAACUUAAAUAUAGAACGCGAUGUUUUUGUAAAAGGACGGUUAAAGGAAGAUGCAGUCCGCCACUAGGAAAAUCGAAUCGGGAGUCCAAUUAUUUUUAAGAGUAAACAGUCAAAAUUCUAAUAAAAUUAGUGGUAUAUGUCCAGAACUUUUUCCAAAUGGUGGACCUUAUCCAAACGAAGUUGUUAAGUUAAUUGUUGGCAAAGAUGUGGAUCCGUCUGACAUUCUGGUAGAUUUAAUAGUUAGGUGCAUUUUACCUACAAAAUAUGGCACUGACUGCAAAGGUGUAGAAGUAAUCCUGAUCAACACGGAGUUUCAAAUUAAAUUAUUCAAAAUUAUUAAAUUUAUUGAAGAAACAAUUAAAUGCAGCCAAAGGGCAGAACAGACGAAAAAUGUAAUUGAAAAUGCAUUUAAAAGACUGUAUAUGUUAAAUUGUUAUACUUUAGAUCAGUUAGAACUGUCAUUUCAUAAAUUAGAAAAAAUUAUUAAUAAUUCUGAAAAUGUUGGCCUAGUUGUUCUCGAGAAUGCCAUGACAUUUUAUUGGACUUCAAAAUUUACUAAAAGCAAAUUGAGUUAUGAUAAAUACUUCUGCAACAUUGUUGAAAAAUUGUUUGACAAAAUUAAAGAUCUCAAUGUUGUGCUGCUAUGUGUUUGUAGAAUAGAUGAAGUAACUGAAUUAGACAAAAAAAGUUCUACAAUAAUUUCUACCAGAAUAUUGGUUGAAAAAAAAAGUGAUAUUUUUUGGGGUAGCGUUAAACAAUUUGACAAUAAUGAUACUGCAAUACUUGGGCCUUUUAAAGUGAAUUGUGGUUUAAAGUUUUGCCAUGAAACUGAAUCUGGAAUCAAUAAAGUUAUUUGAUCUGCCGGUCCUUAUUAUUUCUAUAAUUUUAUCUCUGCAGGAAUGUUUGCAUAUCAAAAAUCCGUAAAAUAUUGACUACUAGUAUUUUCAUUAAAUAAAAAGAUUUUAUUCACGUUUAUGGGUUUACCGUCAAUAUUUGCAUUGAGUGUUCGUAUUAAAAGUUCUGGAAAAAUACCAUAACAAACUUUUCCCAAUAUUGGUACACAACACCUAGGUGAUAAGAAGUCAACAAAUGUCAGCAAUUAAUCCAAAUCCGUACGAAAUUAUAAAUAGAAACAAAACAAUGUUCAUUCAAAAACCAUUUAAAAUACAGUGCAACAAAUUUAAUAUUUUAUUGCAAUUGUAGGUCAAUGCAAUAGAUGAAAAUAAUAAUCUUUUACACUAUCAUUAUCAAUCGUACCUGACUGCGCCAGUUAACUUAUUGAUUACCCAAAACCGUUUUUAAGUGUACGUUUAUCCAAAAAUGUUUCAUUUGCGAUUGUCGCGCAUUGUCUCUAAACUCAUUGGACUAACUGCUCUAUUCUGUAAAAGCACUUUUAUUUUGGAUGCAAUUAGACGCCUCAAAACAGAACUGACGACGACUCCAGCUAACGAA